AUGGGUAAUGCUGCAAUAGGUUGCGAGGCAGACCAGGAACUGCCUGAUGCCAUAGAUCUGACACACCACCUCAAUGUGUUGUCGCGGUCACGGCACCCAAGUCCGCUGAAGGAUAUAAUCAAGUUUAUGGGAUAUGAUGGGAUGAUUAGUCUGGCAGGAGGUUUACCACACCCAUCACUAUUCCCUAUCCAUGAUGCAUCUUUUACUGUAUCGGAUCCCGGCGGCUCAGAUAGCCAAUCUACCAUUAAGCUUGAUAAUAAAGGCGCAUCCUCGCAGCUAUUGUCGGCGUUCCUGCAGUAUGGAAACUGUACUGGAAACGGCGAGCUUAGAAAAUGGUGUCUUGACUUUACACGGAAAAUCCACAAACCAGCCUACAAGGACUAUGAGAUCCUACUCCACCCUGGCAACACUAAUGCCUGGAGCAAGGUGGUAGGACUCUUGUGCGAGAAGGGCGACUAUAUCCUCUGCGAGAGCUAUACCUAUCCGUCCUCUCAAGCACUAUGGAUCCCCAAUGGGAACCUAGCCGCACCCAUUGCCAUGGAUGAAGAAGGCAUUUUAGAUACAGCCCUGGAGGAGGCACUCGCGACCUGGGAACACGUACAUCCGGGCACAAAAAGACCGCACGUACUUUACCUGGUAAGUGUGGGCUCGAACCCGACAGGUGUGACCAUGGGAACAGAGAGGCGGUGUCGCAUAUACGAUAUUUGUGUAAAAUACGACAUAAUCAUCGUCGAGGACGACCCCUACUACUUCAUCCAGUACCCGGACCUCUCCAGUACGGCGGAGUCCGAGCCCUACCGGCUCCUCCCCAACGACGACUUCGUGUCGUCACUGGUGCCGUCCUUCCUGCGCUUCGACCGGCAGGGCCGCGUCAUCCGCCUCGAGUCCUUCAGCAAGACGCUGGCCCCGGGCCUGCGGCUCGGCUACUUCGUCGCCAACCCGCGCUUCACCGAGCGCCUGCUGCGCGCCACCGAGGUCGAGACCCAGGAUCCCUCGGGCCUGUCGCAGGCCGUGGUGCUAGCGCUGCUCGAGCGCUGGACCACCGACGGCUACGUCAGCUGGCUCCAGAGCCUGCGCCUCGAGUACCAGCGCCGCCGCGACUGCAUGGUUGCCGCGAUCCGGGACAACCUUGACCUCGUGCCCGCGUCCGAGUUCCCCGACCUGCGGGCCCAGGGUCUCGUGGCCGCUGUGAGAGCUGCCGAGGGCUCCGCAAGGAUUCCAGUCUUCAGCUUUGUCACGCCGACGGGCGGCAUGUUCAUCUGGACCAAGUUCUACUUCUCGCAGAACCCACAGUACCAGGCUCUGAAGCGCGGGGGCGCCGAGUCCGACCCGGAGCAAGCAUUCGCGAGCAAGCUGUGGGUACAGUUUGCCGAGGAGCUGGUUCUUCUAACACCUGGCUCAUAUUACCACCCUUGGCAGGGGCCAGACAAGACGAGCACAUCCGCACGAGGCGCCGACCCGGACACAUCGCACUUCCGGUUGACGUUUGCAAUGACGACGAAGGAAGACAUGGAACUCGGGAUCAAGCGCCUUGCCGGCGUUAUUAAGAAGUCCUGGGGUGCGGUGUAA